UUUGGACCGGAGAGAAUCCAUUUCGGUGGCAUUAUUAAUGUCGUUGGCAAAUGUUUGGCGCGGAAUCUAAAUUUUUCUUUUUCCGGCAUCUCUAUGGAGUCAAGUCAACCCUCCUGCAUAUCCCAGUGUUUACUCGCCCGCGAAGAUCGCGGGCAUCAUCGUAAUAACAUCAAGUACCCCAAGGCCUUUCAGUCAUUCCAACAAACAUGCACUCAAUAGUAUUUGCGGGACUUACGUGUCCGCUCACAUCCAUAGAAGACAGAAAGGCACCCAAACACACAUAGACCCACAGUCCCAGAGAGAGAGAGAGAGAGAGAGCAUAACGGAGACAAACACCAAAGCCGAGAGAGAGAGAGAGAGAGAGAGAGAGAUUGAGGUGCUUAUACGGUGCUCAAAGUCCUUCUGUUUCAGAAAUCUCUUUCUGGUGGAUUGCAGGAAUCUACGUCCUUGGUUCUCUUCGAUUCAUUAUUUCUCCUGUAUAUCCACUUGAAAAAAUCAGAACAAAACUAAAGAGGAGAUUUCGGAACCCUGGACAAUCGAAGGUUUUGCGUUGGAUAAAGUUGGAUUUUCUGAGAAUUUGUUGAAGGAGAUCUGCAAUGGAGCUUUUUGAUUCCUCUUCAAAUAGGAAUAUUGAUAUCAGCCUUACCUUUGCGACAUUAGGCUGUUGAUUUUUUAUUGAUAUGCAGUAAAAAGUGAAAUUGGCUAGUGGCAUUGGAAUAGCAGAUUCUGCUUUUCCUACACUUUUGAAGGCGUACAGAGAGAUCUUAUGAAGCUUUUGUAUUCCUAUCGAUUCAGGAAAAAUUGAGAUCAGCUCUGCUUUCUGUUACGGUUGCCUUCGAACUUUUAAUUGCCAGGUGGGAAAAAGUGCAAUUUGAGAUGUGGUGUUGGAACUGAAGAUCUGAUUUUCCUGCGUUUUCCGAAAAAUCUGUGUAAGAAGAAGGGGGAGAAAAAGUUAAGUUGGUUCCUAAUUCGAGUGAUUCCAUCAAGAGAUGUGUAUUGGGUGGUCAUUCUGUCAGAUUUGAAAAAAUGAGUUUAGGUAAGUAGUUUACAGAGGUAACCGUUGGGUGGUGGUGAGGAUGGCAGGAGCAUGGGAGCAAAUAGGGGACAUUGCGAAUAUAGCCCAGCUAACUGGCCUUGAUGCCUGCCGGCUAAUUGGGAUGAUAGUGAAAGCCGCAAGCACGGCUCGGAUGCACAAAAAGAAUUGCAGGCAAUUCGCACAGCAUCUGAAGUUGAUUGGUAAUCUGCUAGAGCAGCUCAGGAUCUCGGAACUUAAGAAGUAUCCGGAGACCCGGGAACCACUGGAGCAGCUUGAGGAUGCACUGAGGAGGUCUUACAUUUUGGUCAACAGUUGCCAGGACCGGAGCUAUCUCUAUCUGCUUGCGAUGGGAUGGAACAUUGUGUACCAGUUUAGGAGGGCACAAAAUGAGAUCGACCGAUACUUGAAGAUCGUACCUCUCAUCACUCUAGUGGAUAAUGCUCGAGUCAGGGAAAGAUUGGAGUAUAUUGAACAGGAUCAACGUGAAUACACAUUGGACGAUGAGGAUAGGAGGGUGCAAGAUGUGAUACUUAAACCAGAUCCGGACGCUAUGGUGUUGAAGAAAACUCUUUCUUGUUCCUACCCCAACUUGCCUUUUAAUGAGGCAAUGCAAAAAGAAAAUGAAAAGCUUCAGGUAGAACUACAACGCUCACAAGCCUGUAUGGAUGUAGGCCAGUGUGAAGUAAUCCAGCAUUUGCUUGAUGUCACUGAGUCUGUUGCUGCAACUUCUCUGUCUCCGAAGAAUUCACCACCCACAUAUUCAAAAAUGGCGGAGCAUAGUUAUUCAGACCUUAAUAGUGAUAAGGAGAAUGCAUAUGACGAAAGCUAUACUAAGAAAAGUGGGACUAAAUCAACUUCGAGAAACACUUCUUCAGUAUCAUCUGGACAAGAUCUGCUGUCUACUAGAGGUUCAAAGUGGGAUGACGAAUGGCACUCGGAUUUGCUUGGCUGCUGUUCUGAACCUCUUCUGUGUAUAAAAACUUGCUUCUGUCCUUGUGGGACCUUAUCGAAGAUUGCUAGUGUGGCAACGGACAGGCCCAUCUCUUCUGGAGAAGCAUGCAAUGAUUUGAUGGCUUAUUCAUUGAUAUUAUCUUGCUGUUGCUAUACUUGCUGCAUCCGAAGGAAGCUUCGCAAGGCGCUGAACAUCACGGGAGGGUGUGUUGACGAUUUUCUCUCACAUUUGAUGUGCUGUUGCUGUGCCCUUGUCCAAGAAUGGCGGGAAGUGGAGAUUCGAGGGGCUUAUGGUCCUACGAAGACAAAAACAAGCCCUCCACCCACUCAGUACAUGGAAUCCUGAGAUGGGGAAAAUUGUUUAGCUGUCGAAAGACUUCUGUACUUGAGUGUCGUUAAGAGAGAGCAUCCAUUUGCCACUUUUUCUUAGAACCUUUGGUGAGAUUCCUCUUCCGCCAUUAGCUUACGUAGAUGUAAAGAAGCUUUUAAUAUAUCUACUUUCAGAUUCAGAAUGUGUUUCAUAGAAAAUUCAAUGGUAUCCAUUAACUUAGAUGUAAAAAGUAACUUUUACUAUCUUCUUUCAUAUUCAGCAUAUGUAUUCAAAUUGCCUGGGUGAUUGUGCUUA